UCCUGCUUUCUUGUCUCUUCCCUUACUUUCGAGAAACCGCGCUUGCGCUUCUGGCCAGAGAGACCUUGGACCGGAGGAGGUCACGGUGCCGUGCCGGGAAGGCAGGGGACCCGCUGCUGCCUGCACCCGCCCCCCUCUGCACCUUCUUCCCAGAGGACUUUUUCCGUCCUCCUGGCUCUCUCCUCUGACAAGUCUGCUCUUCCCGCGACCUGGCUGGGAGGAGGCCCCGCCGCCGGGAGAUGCUCCAAGCCCGAGAGGCCGUUGCAGGACGCGGGCUGGAGCCCCCCCCAGGAGCUAGAGGGAGAUUUGAACGCCCUGAGGCCCUAGCAAGAAGUGUGGGAUCCUGGAGUCCUGUUUGCACGUUGGCUUUGCAGAAAGCAGGCACCGGCGGGACGAUGGGCUCCCGGGGACUGAGACUUGUGCUGGCGGGUGGCCUGUUGCUGGCCUUCGCCUGUGGCCCGGUGCUGGGCCGUGUGCCACGUGGUCUCCAGGAGCUGCCGGAGCAGGAGGGGAUCAAGGAGCUGCCGCUGGACCAUGCCGUGAGGGAUGAAGAAAACCAUGAAAAGCACAGCCCCAGGUGGGGGGAGGAGGCCGCAGCUUCCCCGUGCUUCCGCUGCUGUGACCCUGGUACCCCCGUGUACCAGGCUAUCCCCGUGCCACAGAUCAACAUCACCAUCUUGAAAGGUGAGAAAGGUGACCGGGGAGACCGCGGCUUGCAAGGCAAGUACGGCAAGACCGGCUCGGCGGGUGCCCGGGGCCACGUGGGCCCCAAAGGGCAGAAGGGGUCGAUAGGGGCCCCCGGGGACCGCUGCAAGAACCACUACGCCGCCUUCUCGGUGGGCCGUAAGAAGCCGCUGCACAGCAACGACUACUACCAGACGCUGGUCUUCGACACGGAGUUCGUGAACCUCUACGGCCACUUCAACAUGUUCACGGGCAAGUUCUACUGCUACGUGCCGGGCAUCUACUUCUUCAGCCUCAACGUGCACACCUGGAACCAGAAGGAGACGUACCUGCACAUCAUGAAGAACGCGGAGGAGGUGGUGAUCCUGUACGCCCAGGUGAGCGACCGCAGCAUCAUGCAGAGCCAGAGCCUGAUGCUCGAGCUGCGGGACCAGGACGAGGUGUGGGUGCGCCUCUUCAAGGGCGAGCGGGAGAACGCCAUCUUCAGCGACGAGUUCGACACCUACAUCACCUUCAGCGGCUACCUGGUCAAGCACGCGGCGGAGCCCUAGCCCGCCGGCCCGCGCCGCGCCCGCCGCAGCCUCCCUGCCCCCCCACCUCGCCCCCCAGGCCUGGCUUCCCUGCCCCGCAGCCCCAGCUUCCGCCUCCUACACGACGCCCUCCACGGAAGGGGGAGCAGGAGCAGCUGCGCUUGCGGGCCUCGCGGGCUCCCGGGUGGGCUCGGCGGGCAGGUACCUGCCGGGGCGGGGCGUCCAGCUGCCCUCCGUGCGCAAGUCCGUAGGCGACCCCGUGGGCCGGCCGCCACGUGGCAGGGUGUCCCAGAGUCAUCCUUGUUGGCCGUGGCUGGAAAGACCGAGGGAAAUGCUGAAGUCUGUGAAAGGAGCAAAGUAAGCCCUGUGGGGAAGGGAGGUGCGCAUUUUGGGUCUCCUCCAGCUGCACCGGCUCCUGGGGGAGGCUGUUCUCGCAUGUUCCAGAAGACCUGAAGUAGACGCUGUGGGCCACGGGGAAUGGGGUGGAGGGCGCGGGACCCUCUUAGGCCGCGGAGGAGCCUUCCUGGUCAGCAGCUGGACUGACGCCCACGUCCUGGGGGCACCAUGGCCUUGCCCGCGGGUCUCUGGGUUGAGAGAAGCAGCUGGCUCGCUGGGGCGCACAGACUCCUGACAGCAGCCGGGGACCUCAGGAGCCGCUGGAUCUGCAGACGUUUCUCUGGGGAGCAAGGCUCCGUGUAUCUACUGCCCGGCCGUCCAUCCUGGCACGGCUCUGCUCCACUCCCCCACGCUGACCGGGAGCCCUGUGCAGGGCCCUCAUGCCGGUGACCCUGCUGUCAGGGUGUCCCUCCUCCCAGACAGGUCGGCCUCCCAGAGGGGUCGCCGUCCCUCCUCCCAAGACGGUCUGUCACGGAAGGCACUGGGACCUUCGUUUUGUAGCAGGGUCAUGGUUAUAUACUAUUUUCUACCAAACCUCCUUGCAAACCAUCUCCCAGUCCUGUUUCCCGGAGGGUUCAACACUCGGCAGUCCCAGGCCUCUUCCCCGGGCCUCUUUGACCGGCAGCCUGAGACAACAUGGAAGGGGCUUGCACUAGGCCCCUGAGCGGGGCAGAGCCGGAAGGAGCUAGAAGGCUCCCAGCUACUGUCUCGGAGGCCCUAUGGGGCACCAUCCCUCUGCCCAGGACAGAAGGCAUGUCUCAACCACGGGAGUCCGAACCCUCUCUCUGAGGCGGGGUGUAGACGUCUGCCGCCUGGAGUUGGUGCUCUGGCCUGUGGCUGGCUUUUGCCGGGCGGCCCUUCCCUGCCUCUCUCCAUCAACGCCCAGGGCCAGAGUCCCCAUCCUACCUGCUCGGGCCCUGAAGCCCCUACAGGAACCUUCCUCCCCACCACCUGGUGACCCUUGAUCUUGACCCCAUCCCUCUGCUCACCCAGGGCCUGGCCACCGGGUCUGGGGUCUGCACAUCCUUCCCUCUGAAGGGCUUCUGCUGGUCAGACUUGGAAACAGUGUUUCUCUGGGCCCGCCAGUGCUGCCCGCUGCUUCGUGCUGUCCCGAUGCUCUUUCAGAAAACAUUAAACUUGGAGCCACGUGUCUCAGCA